AUGAGUAAACUCUCGUUCCGGGCGCGAGCCCUGGACGCCGCCAAGCCGCUGCCCAUUUACCGGGCGAAGGAUCUGCCGGAUCUUCAGGACUGCGUGUCCAUCAACAGGGCCGUGCCGCAGAUGCCGACCGGAAUGGAAAAAGAAGAGGAGUCGGAACAUCAUUUGCAGAGAGCAAUUUCAGCCCAGCAGGUCUUCAGAGAAAAAAGGGAGAAUAUGGUUAUUCCAGUGCCUGAAGCAGAGAGUAAUGUCGCUUACUAUGAUCGUCUAUACAGGGGUGAAUUCAGGGUUCCUAAGCAACUCAUUCAUAUUCAACCUAUUAAUUUAGAUAGUGAACAACCUGAUUAUGACAUGGAUUCUGAAGAUGAGAUCUUGUUCAAUCGUCUGAAUAGAAAAGUAGAGAUUAAACCAUUACAGUUUGAAGAAAUGUUUGACCGAUUGGAAAAGGCUAGUGGAAAUCAGCUUGUAUCUAUUCAAGAGGCCAAACUGCUUUUGAAGGAAGAUGACUACCUAAUAAAAGCAGUCCAUGAUUACUGGGCAAGGAAGCGCAAAAACUGUCGGGCACCCUCUCUUAUCCCUUGGGUUAAACAGGAGAAAAGAGAUGGUUCCACUAACAAUGAUCCAUACGUUGCCUUUCGGAGGAGAACGGAGAAGAUGCAGACCAGGAAGAAUCGUAAAAAUGACGAAGCUUCAUAUGAGAAAAUGUUGAAGCUGCGUAGAGAGUUCAGUCGGGCAGUUACCAUCCUAGAAAUGAUUAAAAGGCGGGAAAAAACCAAAAGGGAUUUGCUUCAUCUUACUCUGGGUGUGGUUGAAAAGAGGUACCACAUGGGCGACUUUGGUGGAGAAGUUAUGAGUGAGCUGAAGACUCUGAAACAAGAGAAGGUAGCCUCCAACACUCCAGCAUCUCUUCACAAUGGCAAUCAUUACAAAGCACCAGAAAACAAAAUUGUUAAGCAGCAGGCACCACAUCUGAUGACACUUAAAGAGGAAGUUACUGAUGCUGUUCGUGUAAAGAAGAAAUAUGUGAAGAAGAAACAUAAAACUUCAGAGUGUAUUGUUCUACACCAUCAGCCUAGCACAGAAUCACAGCCACCCGUAAAGAGGGAUAUUAAGCAGUAUGACUUUCUCAGUUCUGAUGAAGAGUCUUACACCCAGGUUCCUUCUCCAGUGUCAGAGACUGAGGAAGACAGUGACCCUGAUGGGCUUUUUGCUUUCAAGAGGAAAGCUGGUUGCCAGUACUAUGCUCCUCAUUUGGAUCAGAUGAGUUCCAGUCCAUGUCAGACUGCAGAAUCAGCUGGGUUAAGUGAGUCGCGUUAUAGAUACUGCUUGACAACACUCACCGUUCCAAGAAGGUGCAUAGGUUUAGCACGGAGGCGCAUAGGCCGUGGGGGAAGGUUUUUGCUAGAUCGCUUAUCCACAGAUCAUGAUCACAUUUUACGGCAAAUUGACCCAGAAAUGCUGUCAUCUCCAUGCUCCCCAGCUGCUUUUACAUCUGACGACUCAUGGACCAUUUCUUCCAAUAAGGACUUUACAAAUAGACUGUCACUUAGUGAAAUACUAAGCAAUAUUAAAGCUUGCCGAUUACGGCACUUCCAGCCUCGAUUAACCCAGCUUCAGGACAGUGAUAAUCGCUGUACUUCCAAAACGUUAGGACCGAAUGUGAAUAAAAGGAGAAUUCCAAUGUCUUCUAUUUUAUCAUCAAGUAGCAUGAUCACCAGCAGGAAUAGGAUAUCUGGAAUGCAUAUAAUUCACUUCAGAGGUACAGAAUGGUCAACCAGCAAGGGAGGAAUAAAAGAAGUAAAAAUUACCUCAGGUCCACCAUGUGGCAUAACGGAAGAGCAGUACCACACCCAUCAACAACAACUUGUUCAGAUGCAAAGGCAGCAGUUAGCACAGAUGCAGCGACAACAUUCCUCAAAUGUCUCACAUGGAAGUUCGCAGGGAUCCAGGAUAUCCGACUGCUCCUCAAAAACGCUAGAUUCAGCUAGUGCACACUUUGCAGCAUCAGCUGUUGUUAGUGCUCCUGGACCAAGUCAGUCGGAAGUUUCCAAGGAUGCUGUUGCAGGUCAGACUGCAAACAUCAAUGGUGUUGUUCAGUCUGCAGGCACCUAUAAAAAUCUUCAACCUUUGAAUGUUACUUCAUCCUCCAGUCCUGGAUUAUCUACUGUACAACUGAUAAGAACUGUCAAUCGCACCUCAGCAAAUCAUGUGUUCCCUGCAUUACGCACAAGCAGUCCUCAGUCAUUUCCUGUGAACAAUUCCUGCAUAGGAACUGCUGUGCGUCUGAACAGUAUGAAUGUGGUUACUCCUGUCAAUAUGCAUCUCAGUGCAAGGACUUCAGCACCUUCUCCUUCUGCCUUAAAGCUGGCCACAGCAGCUACUAGCCUUGACAGGGUGCCAAAGGUGACCCCCAGUAGUGCCAUCAGUAGCUUGGCUAGGGAGAGCAGCGAGCCAGAGAGAUUAUUGAACGGUAUUGCAGACAAGACGGUAGCUAUGGAGGUGACAUAAUGAUGUCCAAAGUGCUCCAUCUAAGAUAAACAGUGAUGGAAACCUUGUAUUCCAGCCAGAAUUUGGAAUAAGGCAUCUGAUUGAUUGCAGUUGCUAAAUGUGGACCUGAAUAGUGUCAUUAUCAUAAAUGUAUAAAAAUUGUCUAUAUAAAUGUAAAUUUUGUAAAGUUCAGGUGAUCACUACCUUGUACAAUAGUUUAUUUGUAUCAUCAUAUGUAUUUCUGUUACUUGAAUACUAGAUAUUCAUCAUGCUUUGCACUUGAAAUUACAACAGAAUGAAAAUGACACAAAUCUAUGGGAUCAUGAGCAUGAAAUUGGGAUCCUUUUGUCACUUGUUUUAACUAUUUAUUUUGCCAUGUUUACAUUUUGUAACUUGUACAAAUCAACUUUGUGCUUUUAAAAAAAAAUUUAAAGAUAUUUAGGUAGGCCAUGUAAAUCCUUGUCAUUUUUUGUACAUUGUAAAGUUUUCACUCAAUUUUUUUUCUCUCAAAUUGAAUAGAUGGAUGUUUGGUAAAUAUUAAGUGACAUUUCUUUAUCAGACAUUUAAGUCAAGACAAAAAAAAUAGUAUUUUCUAUUGUUUUGGAGGGCGAGGGUAGUGAAACAGAAUUGAAGAUUAUCAACUUCCAUUUUGCUCCUUUUCCUGUGGCUGCAAGGCAAGUAACAGGUUAGAAAGACUGUCUGACUUUUAUGUUUGGACUAGUGUUUUUAUGAGUUUAUACAAUUACUAUUACAUAGGCCUUUUCAACAGUAUUAGUAUUGGAAUGUUAGUGUCAGCACUACAUCAGACAACUUCCUUGUUACUUGAUCUUGUUAAGUGAAAAAAAUGCAGGGAAAUUAAACAUACAUAUCAGAAUAUUUGUUUUGUCUAGAAUUAUUUCUCAAAGCAAAAGAUGCAUAGCUACUAUAAAACUGACAUAUAUCGAUCGCUGUGUCACAGUAAUCUUAAUGGCUUUGAUGCGACAGAACCUAAAAGUAAUAUUAUCCUAUACCAAUUCUAUAAUUCUUUACAGCUUUGCAGGAAAGGUUU